GCCAGUGAUGAUCGAAUAAUAGAACAUCAAUGUGCUGCAUUUGUGAACAUCUUUGAUGCACCAUAACACAGGGUAUAUGUAGAUGUAUACCAUGGAGUUAGCGAUAUGGAUAUUUAUUUUGAUUUUUAUUCCUACAUUUCAAACUACAACAGAGAAGGAGUAUAUCUAUGUUGAAAAGGAAAUGACAUGGAGUGAUGCACUUGACUUCUGUGAACGAAAUAAUUCGGUAUUGUCAGCCUUGAACAACGAAGACAUUGCAUCUAUAGAGACAUGUAACCAAAGCAGUAAAGAAUUAUGGACAAGUUCCUUUCUAUAUGCAACCUCCUACUUAUCCAUAAUGGGUUGCUUCAGAAAUACAAGACUUAACUUUUCAAGUUUAAUGAGACCUUCUAUACUGGAUUGUCAAGAUAUGUGCUCCAAUUCAUCUGCAUUCGCUAUCAUGAAUAGGUGGUGUGCUUGUUUAGAAGACAAUUUCAGUUUUAUGGAAACCGAGGAUGCCAAUGCAUGUAAUAUUACAUGCGAUGGUAUAUUUUUCUGUGGAGGGAAAGAUUCCAUGAAUAUAUACUCCGUCGUUGGAGAAGAUUUCUUUGGUAUGAGACAACAUCUAACUAACCCAGAUUUUGAUAACUCAUGUCUCUCGUAUCAGUGUUUACCUCUAACUAACGAAUACCGGUAUCUCUACAAAGACGUGGAUUGUAACUCUGAAGAAGUCAGUGGAGCAGCUUGUAGUACUUUUUUCUCCUGCACAUUUGAAUCUGGAGAUUCCUGUUUUCUCUCUCAAGUGAAAAACGACAACCUUGAUUGGAUAAUUAGCGGAAACGCCCUCGCUGGAGCAAAAAAAGCUUAUCAAGGAUCGAAUUUUGCCUUUGUAAACGACAGCAGUGACGAUAGACCAGGAGAUCGAGCAACUCUUAGGUCAAAUAUAGACUUUCCUGACUUCAACGGCGGUGAUUGGUGUCUACGAGUUUGGGUUUUUCAGAAUAUUUCUGCUGGUGGACGUUUUCACGUAUACAUCAAGAACUCUGACUUAAAUAAAAUACUAGAAUUGUACAAUCAAACAUUGUCUGCCGGACAAUAUACAGAAUGGAAAUAUUCCGAAAUAGAUAUCCUGCUUCAAAAGAACGAUAUUAUUUUCUUUCAGUUUAUUCGAGGUAAAACGGAAUCAAUCAUUGCUAUAGAUGACAUUACACUCACAAAAGGAAAAUGUGAGCAUACGUUUACAAAGGUUCUGCUUAUGUCAGGGGAGAUAAAGUGUGACUUUGAAGGAAACAAAGAUAUUUGUUUUAUUCAAAGCAAAGAUGACAAUUUCGAUUGGAUGAUUACACGGAAUGGACGAACACGAUCCAAUGGCCAAAAGACAGGACCAAGUGAAAAUAUAGAAGGAAACUAUUUCAGCUUCAUUAAUACAAGUCUCAGCAACAAUCAGAACAACCAAAAUGGCGUUCUCAUUUCCAAAUUUAACAUGACAGAUGUCAAUAUUACUUUUAGUAUGCAGUACAAUAUGAAUGGUAGAGACAUAAACAAAUUGAAAGUUUACCUAGAAAUUGAAAAUGAAAAAAGGGAGAUUUUCAGCAGAAGGAGGAACCAAGGAAAAGACUGGAAAAUAUUCAAAAAUACAACAUAUAUAGAAGGAAAUUCAAGGAUUCAAUUAUCAGCAAGUAGAAAGAAAGGGGUUCUGGGAGAUAUUGCCAUAGAUGAUAUCAGGAUAAAAAUUAACCGACCAGACAUAAAAUCUAAUUGGAUGAAUCAGAAUGAAAUGUGCAAAGACAAUUUGGGCAGCUACACCAUCAAUCAUCAACAAUUAUCAAAUCUACCGUGUCUCGCCUUUGAUUCUGAGAGAUGGACGGGGAUUGUAAGACCACAUAUAAGAGGGACAGCCACAAAAGAGUUGGAGAAACAUCCGACUAAAGUGAAGGUGUACAGGAAUCUCUGUGAGAAUUAUGAAUAUGUGUGGGAGCCGUUUAAUUUAACAUCUAAAAGACCAUUUGUUUGUGAAAGAAGUUCUUAUUUAAAUACAUCAAAUGAAUUUUUUGUAGUGGUGAACGAGAUUAUUCAUUAUCCUAUACCUGUAACUUCCUCCAGUGGUAAGUUUCAAAACUUAUAUUUUCUUUGA